AUGCAGACCACAGAGGAGGAGAAGGAAAGAGCAGGUGUCCAGGUGAAGCUCAGACUGUUUCAGAAGUGUGGGGGACACCCUCUUGUAUACUUGUACUAUGGCAACAAAGACCAGCUCAGAACCCAGGACCAACAAUUCAGAAACAGGACGUCGCUGUUCCAGGACCAGCUCUCCAAAGGAAACGCCUCACUCCAGCUGACAGGGGUGCAGGUUCAGGAUGAGGGCAGAUACAGCUGCUACAUCAGCACCAUUAAUACAGAAAAGGAUUCAUUUAUCAACCUCAAAGUGCACACCCCAGUCAAAGUCAGCAUUCAGCAUGUAGGAAACAGGAUCACCUGCAGCUCAGAGGGCAUCUACCCUAAACCUGAGCUCACCUGGUCAACCAGACCUCCAUCCAAGGUGACCUUCAAGAAUACAACAACAGUCGAGCAGACCAAGCAGCAGCUCUACAACAUCAACGGUUCUUUGAUAGCUUCACUCAAUGAAAGUGAUCGAGUCUACAGCUGCACUGUGAGCACUCAGAGGAACAGGAGGAGAGCCAGUCUGAGGCAGCUACCUUCAGUUACUGGCAGCUUCACUGAAACCACAAUCCCCUGCCCCAGCUUUAACACUUCUCCAACAAGCCUCAUUUGGAGAUUCCUUAAUCGUGCAAUUUUGGAAAAGACUGGGUCUGGUUCCAACUACACCGUCUCAAAGGAGUGGAAGCAGCACGUGAAGGCUGUGUCAGAGUUAGGAAGCCUCACAUUACUGGGCUUAUCUUCAGAGAAGGAGGGAAUAUACACAU